CAUGUCACGGGUCAUCAGACUCAUCACACAUACCGAGGAUUGUGCACCACCACUCGAAAUGGUAAAACAUCACAUGACCUGGGGAAACACGACGCGACGCGAAACAAACAAAUGAUCUUUCUGCCACCAGCUCUCAAACUCCCCCACCAAUGUCGCAAGCCCUGCAACUCAAGACCACUCCGGCGUUGGUAUCACAAAUGGAAAUACCGCCCCAACCACACAAAGCACACCCAGCUUUUUAUAUGA